AUGCACUUACACGUAGAUCCUCACGCUUCGGCUACACCCAUCCAAUGGUCAGUGGCGAAAGAAGAACAAGAGAAAAAUUCUCUCCCUCAAUUCAAUCACAUCCCUUGUCGUCUUUCUGGGGCGGUACAAUUACUGGAGAAAGACUUAUCUCGCUGCCAAAAAGUUCUGGUCUGGAGCGUUCCAGAUCUAACCCAUGCCACUGCAACGAACCAAACAUGGAGGGGGGAAAACCUGAAAAACCUCAAGCUAACCAUCACAAACAAGACACACUUUGAGCUUAAAGCCAUUAGCGAGGCCGUAAUGGAUGGACGGCUAAAAAUUAUCUCAUUGGUCCCGAUAACCUCGAGCUCUCAAUUCAUCCACUUUAGCUCUCAUCAAGCUUGGGUCUUGGCGCACAGGCCGGUCUCCGAAGCUUCCGCCAAGGGUCCAAUUGCGCCGGAUGAAACACUAUUUAGCGAAAAGAGUUGGCAGGCUACGAGUGAAAAGGGAAAGGGAAAGCUCCAUGGACAAUGUUGCGAUCUCGAUCUCGAUCUCAAGCGGUUGGUUUAUGCUAUGAAACCUUGUAAUCAGUGCAUGAUUGGGAGCUGGGAGAUUGUUAAUCGAGACAUCCAGGAACAAGGAACGGGAAAGAGGCUUGCAACAAGCCACAAGGGUUCAGCUCAAACGGGCAACCAGUAUCAAACAGCCGUGUGUUGUUCUCUGAGUGGUCCUUGA